AUGGGUAACUGUUUUGGUUCUAAUAAAAGAGGUCCUGGCCACCGUCUCGGAGAUUCGUCAACAGACACAACCCCAACACGCACACCAAACCAUUCCUCAGUACCUAUAAAUAAUCGCCCUGCACCUAGUACUGGACGUACUUUAGGAGGCAACAGUCCUGACACAGGCAGAGACGCCAUGCUUGCUGCAGCUGAACAACGUCGAUUGCAGGAAGAGAAUCGUGGUGUAAAAGAAAGUGGAAAGCUUAGCAAACAAUUGGCUGAGCAGAGUAAGAAACCUCAGCCUACACCAGAAGUACCAGAGACACUUAGGGUACCAGAAGAUGUCGAUCUUUGUUUGAGGUUGCCAUGGCAAAUAAAUGGGAUCUUCAAGAACAUUGAUCCGUAA